AGUCGAGAAUAUUGCCCCAAGCUCAGCUGUCUUUCAAGGCCGAAAAGUCAUAAAGAAAUUUUCAAAAAUAUAUAAACACACGUAUUAACGUGUAAUUUUCGUAAAGCCGAGAUCGAAGAAAAAAAAACAUUCCCGCGAGGAAUUCCGUUGAUUUGUUGAAGCGGAGUCUGCGGAGCUGCAGCAGAACACAGAGGUCGAGUUGAAAGAGUGUCAAAUUUUAUCGCUGCGUUUUGCUCCCUGGCUCGAUAAGACACUCGGGCUAAGUCGGGAUUUGCAAAUUAGCAUUUUAAAAAAAACGCACUCGCACGGAGACACACUGUGAGAUCAAAAUUGUUGGUCUCGUCGUAUCCCUUCAUUCCGCGAGGAGAAACACGCGAACGAAAGUGCGCUCUCUGACAGCCAAAUUAUUCAGGCACCAAAAUGAGUUGCAGAAUUUUAGUUAAAGUGUGUGAAACUGGCAUCUUGCAACGUUCCAUUGUUGGACGACAACCAAAAUGGCUUAUGCUUGGCAGAUGCAUCAGCACCACCACAAUGUCGAGAACAAUGUUGAAAGAUUCGCCAAACGCGGCGCUCAACAAGACCGUCCUUUCCCGAUACAUGGAUUUGCCCCAACCGGACAAUAUGAUUCAAGCCAAGUACAUUUGGAUCGAUGGGACUGGCGAAGGACUUCGUUGCAAAUCGAGGACUCUUGAUUUCGUUCCAAAAGAUCCCAAAGAUUUGCCCACGUGGACGUACGACGGUAGCUCGACUUAUCAAGCCGAAGGUGGAAACAGCGACAUGUUUCUCUACCCGGUAGCGAUUUACAAGGACCCUUUCAGGCGUGGAAACAACAAGCUGGUCCUCUGUGACACUUACAACAGCGACAAAACUCCGAGCAAAACGAAUCAACGUUUCCGUGCAAACGAAGCUCUGGAAGCUGCCAAAAGCCAGGAGCCCUGGUUCGGCAUCGAGCAGGAAUACACUUUCCUCGAUUUUGAUGGAAGGCCAUUGGGCUGGCCGAAAAACGGUUUCCCCGGACCGCAAGGUCCUUACUACUGCGGCGUCGGAGCCGACAAGGUAAUCGGGCGUGAAAUCGUCGAGGCUCAUUACCGAGCUUGCAUGUACGCUGGUGUCAACAUCGCUGGUACCAACGCCGAGGUCAUGCCGUCCCAAUGGGAAUUCCAGGUUGGUCCGUGCCUGGGAAUUUCUAUCGGAGACGAUCUCUGGAUGGCUCGUUUUAUUCUCCAUCGCAUAGCUGAGGAAUACGGAGUGAUAGCGACGCUGGACCCAAAGCCGAUGCCCGGUUCGUGGAACGGUGCUGGUGCCCACGCGAAUUUCUCGACGAAAGCGAUGCGGGCUGAGGGUGGAAUCUCUGAAAUUGAAAAGGCGAUUGAAAAACUGAGCAAGAAACACGUUCGUCAUAUUCAGGCGUACGAUCCGCGAGGAGGAAAAGACAACGAACGUCGGCUUACGGGACAGUGCGAGACGAGCAGUAUUCACGAUUUCAGUGCUGGAGUUGCCAACAGGAACGUCAGCAUAAGAAUUCCCCGGGGCGUUGCCGAAGUGAAGAAAGGCUAUUUGGAGGACAGAAGGCCGAGCAGCAAUUGCGAUCCUUACGCAGUUUGCAACGCCCUCGUCCGCACCUGCCUUCUCGACGAAUAGAAAAAUCCUUUUUACACUUUCGCAACGGUGGUUUGUGUUUCGUUGAAAAGCUCCGAAAUAUUCGAUCGAAGAAUUUCCUCUCCGCGUCCAAAAAUGCCCAAUUUUGUGCCCUUCUCCACUCGCUGGAAUAAAAAUCAUUAAAGCUUAAGAAUUUUCAACAAAAUUAUAAAAGUAUCGGUGCUUUUCAACUUGAAUAAUUAUAUUCUGUCUCAGUAUAUUGCACAACAUAUUAUUUGCAUUUCGAGAUAAUACUCGGUACAAAGAAUGUAUCAACUAACGAAGUACAUUCGAAAAUUUUUGAGUUCAUUGAUAUUGUCGAUGUUCGAUUUCUUAUAUUUUUCCUUUCCUCUUCUAUCUUCAAUAUUCUUUACUAUCAUUGGAUUUUACUGGACAUAUUUUAUCGUGAAUCAAACUCGUAUGUGUACGAUGUAUUUUCCUCAACUGGAAAAUAUAAUUUGUAGAGAAACGAAAAAUGAGAAUAUAUUUUCACAAGCUCUUUAAGAACGUGUGAAGAAGAAUUUUAUAGACGUUUCGUUUUUAUCGGUAAACGAAACUUAUAUUUUUCAAUAAAUCACUUUAAAGGCAUGAAAUUCGAACAGUGUCUCUUCGUAUACGUCACCGUUAAAACGUGGUUAGCACAAAAUAUCUGUAAUUCAUGUGAUAUAAAUAUAUAUAUAUAUAUAUAUAAAUACUUAUGAACGAAUCGAGGAACAAAUUUAUUUCAUAAAGGAUAUAAUAUUGAGAGAAUUUAUUUGAUGAUUAAAUUCAACGAGCUUAAGAACGAUCGAAUUAUUGUUGUUAUUAUUUAUCGAAUAAUUAUUCAUGUCGAAUGAAAAUAAAAAUAAGGUCGAUGGAAAGAAAAAUCAAUGUUGGAAGCACAGAAAAUUUUUUAAUUCAGAGCAAGCCUCGACUAAUGAAAGUAAAAAAUAAGUUUUACGAUGUAAUCUGUAUUUUGAGGCUAAAAAAAAUCCACACGUCAUUUACAUCGAGAAAAUAAACGAAAGACAGACAUACGAAUAUUAUUUUCAUUAAAAAAGUAUUCUGUGUAGUUUGACAUUUUAUUGUAAUAAAUUAUAUUACGUAAGUAUUAAUAAGAGGAUUUUCGUGUCUGGCGUGAAUUUUCGAUCGUUCGAGUACACGGGAUUGGAGCAACGAUUGUUAACGAUUCUCAUUGUGAAACGUUUUUUCAAUAAUCAUCGAAGAAAUUAUUUCUUUUCGUCGGACUUGAAAGAUUGUGACCGAAUUUAGCACUUAACUGCGUUGUAUUAACCACUUGUUGGUUCUAUAAAAAGUAUAUUUUCGUUCAA